AAACACCUCCCUUCCUGUUGAUCGUUGUAACUGAGCUGAUGUUGAUGUUAGUUACAUGUUUUCACUUUUGUUUUUAGUCACUGCUUCUCUAUUUAAACCGAUAAAUGAAAGCAGUCCAACAGUUGAGCUGAGAGCAAGCAGCGCAAGAUAUCUCCUCUGGAUCAAGAAACUACAUUCAGAUCUGAAGAUGUCAGACUAUGACUGUGACUAUGAGAAUCCGAAGAUGUCACACCAUUGGCUUCACCAUGAGAUUGUGAAAAAGGAUCUAAAGGUUGGCACAUACAGACUUCCUGAAGAUUAUGCAACUGGUCCCUACGAAGCUCAAGGCGAUGUGAAAAAUGAAAAUGGCGAUGUGAGAGGAGUAUACACUGGUGCAGGAUUGUUCCAGAUAAAAGACGGCGAUACAGAGAUAAGAGGGCCCAAUUUAGGAAUUGGAUCCGAAGUGUCCAAGGAUAAUGUCAGACUCAGUUAUAAAGCAGAAGUGGCCAGUGUCUCAACCUCUGCUGGUGCUGCCACAGCUACAGUCGGCCUGUCAGCAGACACUGGAAUUGGAAUAGGAAAGUCGGGUGUAGAAGCAAAGUUCUUGGGAACUGGCUUCUCCGUUGGGCGUAAAACAGGCUUUUCUCUGUUUGGUUCUGGGUUUGAAAUUGAUUUUUCAAAAUGGUAGCUUUGAGCCAAACACAGCUCACUGUGAUUGUUCCAUUUGUCUUACAAGUAAAUCUGUUGAAUCUAUUCAAGAUGAUUUUCUUCCAAAUGUAAUGAGCUGAGAUUUCUUUUCUUGAUUAUGUAUCCUCCUACUUUCGUAAAACAGGUUUCCUCUGUUUGGUUCUGUGUUUGAAAUGGAUUUUGAAAAAAGUUGACUUUGUGACAAAUACAGCUUUUUGUGAUCUUUCCUUUUGUUUCAACAAAAAAAUAUGAGUCAUGUAUUCAAAGAUUCAUUCUUAAUACAACUGUAUCUCAGUUAUUAAAUACAUUUAAACCUU